AUGAAGUAUAAGGCAAUAUAUACCUUCCUCGGUUUAAUAUGGCUUGGUCUUUUGACAUACACAACAUCAACACCUUUAUCACCCGCAUUAAAUCAAGUUACUAAUCCUAAAGAUUUACUUUCACAUCACAACAAAAGAUUCAAAAAGCAUAGACCAGUAAGGAAGGGUAACAAAAAUGGUUCAGAUUCACAACCCGAGGACACAUCAGAUACAUCACCCUCUCCCGAUAAUCCUUCUACAGUAGAAGUUUCAUCACCCGAUUCUACUGAUUCAUCGACAAAUCCCACCGAUGCAUCAACCAAUCCUACUGGCACAUCAAAACAAACUAGUCCAACUGGAAACCCCACGGGUACUUUAUCCUCAUAUCCUACAAAUACAAAUCCGCCUGUUAACUUAGCUACAGCAAAUUCUCCUGGCAUUUUUCAACCAUUUAAACCACUGGCACGAACAAAUGGUCCAGUAACACGUAAAUAUACAUUCACAUGUAAAAGAACUAACUUGGAUCCCGAUGGCUUUACUCGUGUGGUGUGGGCCGUAAAUGGACAGUAA